AUGAGUUGUGCGGACAGUUAUCCGGGUUAUUAUCCCUCAGAUUGGCCUUAUGGAUAUGCUGGUGGAGCGGCUCCUCAACCCCCGCCAUAUCCCAGCCCUCCUUCAGGAUCAGAAGCAUGGUUAUCGAGUGCUCAUUUCCCCCCACAAACAGCUUCGAGUGUACAGCCAACCCUAGCCAACACCUACAAAUGGAUGCACACCAAACGGACCGUCAAACCGGCCCCGAAAAAGAAGGUGAUCGAUCCCGAGAACCAGAAUCGAACCAACUUUUCCACUCAUCAACUCACGGAACUCGAGAAGGAAUUCCACACGGCUAAGUAUGUGAAUCGAAAUCGUCGAACCGAGAUUGCUAGCGCUCUCAAGCUCAACGAGGCUCAGGUGAAAAUUUGGUUUCAAAAUCGGCGAAUGAAAGAGAAAAAACGCGAAAAGGAGCGCGCUUUCUUGGCGAAGAGUGGGUUGGGUAGUGGCCAAUGGAGUCCCGAGAAUCAGCCGCCAUCAUCCACAGCCACUGUCGGCCCUCCAUCGGCUCAAAGCACUCCUCCAAAUGGUGGGCAUGGCUCACCUGAAGACCAAAAACUCAAUCAACUA